UAAAUUCAAUAGUAGAAAGCUGCAUCCUAGUUGUAAAGAAAAAUAUUAAAUUGUUUAAUGUCUGAGGAAACUUAUUGCCAAUCCUCGAAUAAUGAAUAGGUCACAAAUUUGUCGCAUAUUGAUUUAUAUUUUACUUUCUGGAGCAACGUUAUGUCAACGAACAUAUUUUGAGUCAAAAAUGAAUAUUUCCAAUUCUGAUGCAAAGGACUUCAAUUUCAAUGAUGGACAAAUAGCAAAAUUCAGUAAGCCGCUAGAUAGAGGACCAUAUUUUGACACUUCUGCAACGAAAAAUGUAACUUCCCUAGUCGGUAAAACUGGCCAUCUAAAUUGCCGAAUUAAAAAUCUAGGAAAUAAAACGGUAUCUUGGAUACGACAUAGAGAUUUACAUUUGCUAACAGUGUCAGAAAGUACUUACACAUCAGAUCAAAGAUUUACUUCAAUUUACAACAAACAAACUGGUGACUGGUCGCUACAGAUAAAAUUCCCACAAAUAAGAGAUUCCGGAGUAUACGAGUGCCAGGUGUCAACAAGUCCUCCAGUUGGAUACACAAUGAUCUUUUCCGUUGUAGAGCCAAUUACAAAUAUUCCGGGUGGACCGGAGCUAUAUAUCGAUUUGGGAUCAACUGUGAACUUAACUUGCAUCGUAAAGCACCUACCAGACCCACCUUUGAUGGUACACUGGACUCAUAAUAAUCAGGAAAUUAAUUAUGACUCACCGAGAGGGGGAGUGUCAGUUAUCACUGAAAAAGGUGAUAUAACUACAUCAUAUCUGCUGAUACAGCGUGCCAAAAUUUCAGAUUCUGGACGAUAUUCUUGCAUUCCCUCAAAUGCCAAUGCUAAGUCCGUGAAUGUUCACAUUUUAAAUGGAGACCACCCAGCAGCCGUGCAAAGAGCUACAACAUUUUCAGGUUUAAGCUUAGAUGUAAUUGUAUUUGUAAUUAUUUUAAUAUACAUUUAAUAAUAAAUA